AUGGCGUUCUAAUUGGACGAUGGUGCCAAAACUCGACUACUUGGAAGAGAUCAACAUAAUUCUUGCAAAUGAUUUAGACUGGUUGGAUCCACUAAUGUGUUUGCUUGAAAAUUCUCCUAAUCUAAAAGUUGUAUUCGUCGACCAGAUUAUAUGUAUAAGACUAGAAGUAAAUAUGUUCAUUACAUGUUUGCUUCACAGACAUUUAUUGGACUUGAGGAGGAUUUGGCAUUUUCGUGGAACCAACCGAGUUCUGUUCCGGUAUAUUUUGUCAGCACACCUCGAGAUCUUUGAGUGGAAAGGAUACAGAGGAAGAAGCAAAGAUAAAGAACUGUUAACAUACAUUCUUGCCAACUCCAUGUGUUUAAAGCGAGCUGGAAUCUCUAUGACCCGUAGUAGAGAUCGAAACAAGAUGAUGAAAGAGUUAGAAUCAACAUCAUCACAGCUUCUCUUCUCCACUCAACUUGAAUAUCUGAACGUUCAAAAUGAAAUGACUGAC